CCGAAAACGAGAAGCUGUUGGUCUCUCAGUUCUCAAUUCGCGCCGUUCGCCACUAGCACUUCAACCACCGACCCGAUAGCCAUGGUGAAAGGACGAUUCAUCGUCAACCCGUUCACUGAGUUGGCUCUGACCGAGAAUGACCACGCGCAGCUCAAGGAACUGGCCAACAAUCUCAUUAUGACCAACCUGGAGAAGUACACAACAUACCAGGACGGGAAGAACAAAGGUGUGGACCCACAUCGCUGGAAACUCUGCAAGCAACGCCAAGGAAUCAAAAUGUACGUCGAGCGUCAAGGUACCGCGUCGUCUGGAGAGAACAUCACGGGCAACGGGUUGCCAUUGAUUUGGGGUAUUGGAAACAAGGAAGGCAAACUCGACGACUUGAUGUACGGUCUCGUCAGCCCCACGCUGGAAUCGAUGCGUGUCAAGGCGUCAUACGUUGAUGAUUUCAGUGGAGCUGCUGUACUUGACAGCAUCGUUGAACCUUCCCUUGAAGAACCGUUCCAAGCUCUGAUCGUCAAGUGGAUGGAGGUCGACAUCCCAUUCGCUUCCACGAAUCUCGUCAAAAACCGCGACUACGUCUACAUCGAUGCGACGGGGUUCGUCAAGUGGAGGAAUGGCGAGCGUCUGGCCUACCACUUGAUGCACUCGGUAAAUUUCCCCAAGACGCCUGACCUCCCCAAUCGCAUUCGCGGUAACAUGUCGGCUAUGGCUUUCUGGCGUCAAGUUGGCCCCAACACGAUGGAGCUCUUCGGUACAGCUGUGAUGGAUCCGGGUGGUGACAUGAUCAAGAGGAUCGCAGUGCCCAACAUGGCCGGUGUCUUCUUCUGUACGUUGAAAUACGCUUACUGCGGUCAGAUGAAGAAGCUCGCGUUCAUGCUUGAUAAAAAAUACGCAGAGUCCAAGCUGCAUGGUGCCCCCAACAAGAAGAACAUCUGUGUGACUUGCUCAGCCCCGAUUACUGGUCGUAGACUUGGAGACUUCGGCAAGAGCGACCACACGUGCAAACUCUGCUUCGGCUACGUGUGCCACGCCUGCAAGAUCGUGCGUAAGCUCAGCUUCGUGGACCCGGACUUGUUGUUAUCACAACGAAAGGUGACGUUCUGCACGGCGUGUAUUAGUGAAGUGACGAGUAUGAGCUCCGUCGACGUCGCUCGCGCUCAAAUGUUGGCCAGUGGGAGAAUUUACGCAGGACAUAUGAGCUCUGGAAUGCAGUCGUCCGUAUCAUCGGAUAGUGUCAACACGGCCAGCAUGAUCUCGGACUACUAGCUGCCUAAUUUGGUCUGGGUGCUGAGGUUGUAUAGACUAUUUGAAAUUUUGAUC